AUGUCUAAAGAACAGUUGUUCCAGAUCCUCUCCUUACCAGAUGAUGCGCUGCAGCAAGUGUUGGACUAUGCCUCAACCCUAUCCAAAGGGGAAGCCGCCCAGUACUUCACAGAUAUGCUGGGAGACUCGCCCCAGGUGAUAGAGUUCAUAUCCACCUUCAAUUCUCGCCGCUCUGAUCCCAAGUUGUUGUCAAAGCCACCAUCUUCUGUCCCUGGUGCAACGCCAAGUUCUAGCCACAAUUUUGAGGUCGAAAGUGUCCCCAAACAUAGGUCCCGUCAAAAGAAGCAGAAACCAUCCCUCCAUACCCCGCCACCACGACAGGUCGCGUCUUUCGAGGUUGCCGCAGGAACUGUGUACAACAAGAAAGAUUUACAACAAGACUAUAUACCACCCGCGCGAUCAGGGGCAUCGACCCCAUCAAUCAGCGACGCGAGCUAUGGCAAGAAACUAUCGAUAUCAUCAACCAAAAUAGCCCCACCACCUCCUCCUACUCAACAGUCGAAGCCCCCUCCCCUCUUUGUUGCAGGAACACUCGUGUCGGAACUCGGUCUACCGAAGCAAAAGUCGAGGUCGAAUCCGUCUUCUCGCACGGCGACCCCAGGCCCGUCAUCAUCCCGUAACAACAAUGCCAAAAUCGCAAAGGUAUCAAUUACGGGAGGUGUGCCGAUGCAUGGCCAGUCCACUGCUCUCGCCGAUUUCGACGAAGCUAUUCGAGCCCUGGAGAUUUCGACAAAUCCUACACAUUUCUCCAACACGGCGAAGGGUAUUGCCGCUCGCAGGUGUAACUGCGUUGCUACGCGCCAUCCCCUUCUCGAGGCGGCUCCGAACUGCCUGAAUUGUGGCAAGGUCAUCUGCAUCAAGGAAGGGCUAGGCCCAUGCACGUUUUGCGGACAGCCCUUGUUGAAUCCUGCCGAAGUCCAGAGCAUGAUUAAAGAACUUCGGCAGGAACGUGGUCGGGAAAAGAUGGCAGCCGAUCGCGAAGCACACAAGAAGACUGGUACCGGAGGAGGGCAAUCACAACGGUCGUACGCCAAUCCCUUGAAAGAGGUCGGGCUGGCCGGUCCUGAAGAUCUCAGCGUCGCGGAGGCGAUGGCUCGACAACACCGUGAUAAGCUGCUCGCAUUCCAGGCGCAGAAUGCGAAGCGCACCACUGUUAAGGAUGAAGCGGCUGAUUUCGAUCCCUCCUUGGCGGGCAGCAUGUGGGCAACCCCAGAAGAGAGGGCAAUGGCGCUCAAACGUCAGCAGAAGCUGAUGCGCGAGAUGGAAUGGAAUGCAAAGCCGGAGUAUGAGAAACGGCAACAGAUUAUCAGUAUUGACAUUACUGGGAAAAAGGUGUUCAAGCAAACCGUCAACAUGGAAAGGCCGCCGAGUCCGGACAAUCAUGUGGACACAGAGGAUGUCAAGUCCAGAGCGGUGGUUACCAUCGAGGAUGGUGGUCAAGGCCAUGGAGGGGCCUACAGCAAGAACCCGCUCUUGGGAGGGUUGAUCAGACCCAUCUACGAGCCGAAGGGGAAGCAGGCAGAGCUUCCAGGUAAGAGGGCUAGAGGGACCAGAUGGCGACGUGUGCAAGACGACCUGGACGACAACGAAGCUGUUAUCCUAGAUGGCGGCAUUCGCGGUGAGAAGGCCGAAGUCAUAACGACGACGGGAGAUGAGCCCGCCUGCGGUUGA